UGCGCCCAAAGCAUGCCGGCUGGUGUACCUCUACGCCAGUAUCUGACCUUCAUGGCGGCCUCACUGCUGUCCAUGUUUGUCGGAUCACAAGUAGUACACAAUUACUAUCAUCCGCUCCGAGACCUGAACUAUUACGUGGAGCGAGAGAUGAAGAUGCAAAGACUACGGGAAGUGCCACAACCACCGGAUGGUGGAAACUCUUCCAAUGCAGGUUAAAUAAAAGGACAACUAGUCGAUAA